GCACCUGGUGCAGCUCCUAACUACUUCUCAAAUGAAAUACCGUAGUCUGGACAUGAGAAAGGAUGGUGAUUCAGGGGCUCAUAGCUCAGGGAUGGGAAUGUUUUGAAAUGAGAGAUUUUGGAUUCCUGGAAUCUGAAGUCCUUGGGGCAGAAGAGAGAGCAGGUGCACAUCGAGAAGAGGAAGGCAUUGGCUCAGAUAAAACUUUGGUUUCAGUUUCCUGAGGUCAACCAUGGUCUGGAAGCAGGUGAUCCUCCUUCCAAGGUAUUGUCAGAAGGUCAAUGGUAGCCUAAUGCUGUGUCCCAAUGCGUACGUCAUCCACCUCACUUCAUCUCAUCACGAGUAGCUGUUACAUCAUUUCACUGCAUCACAGGAAGAGUUUUAAGGAAGCUAGAGUGCCAGAGAAGACCUUUGAAGUGUGAAGAGAUUUCCUGUAAUUGAAACCAAAAUGUCAUUUAUAGAUCCUUAUCAGCACAUUAUAGUGGAGCACCAGUAUUCCCACAAGUUCACCGUAGUAGUGUUACAUGCCACCAAAGUGACAAAGGGGGCCUUCGGUGACAUGCUUGACACUCCAGAUCCCUACGUGGAACUUUUCAUCUCCUCAACCCCUGACAGCAGGAAGAGAACAAGACACUUCAAUAAUGACAUAAACCCUGUGUGGAAUGAAACUUUUGAAUUUAUUUUGGAUCCUAAUCAGGAAAAUAUUUUGGAGAUCACAUUAAUGGAUGCCAAUUAUAUCAUGGAUGAAACUCUAGGGACUGCAACAUUUCCCAUAUCUUCUAUGAAAGUGGGAGAGAAGAAAGAGGUUCCUUUUAUUUUCAACCAGGUCACUGAAAUGAUUCUGGAAAUGUCUCUUGAAGUUUGUUCAUCCCCAGACCUCCGAUUUAGUAUGGCUCUGUGUGAUCAGGAGAAAACUUUCAGACAACAAAGAAAAGAAAACAUAAAGGAAAACAUGAAGAAAUUCCUGGGUCCAAACAAUAGUGAAGGCUUGUGUUCUACGCGUGAUGUGCCUGUCGUAGCCAUACUGGGCUCAGGCGGAGGCUUCCGAGCCAUGGUAGGAUUUUCUGGUGUGAUGAAGGCCCUGUAUGAAUCAGGCAUUUUAGAUUGUACCACCUAUGUUGCUGGUCUUUCUGGAUCCACGUGGUACAUGUCAACCUUAUAUUCUCACCCUGAUUUUCCAGAGAAAGGGCCAAAGGAAAUUAAUGAAGAGCUAAUGAAGAAUGUUAGCUACAACCCCCUUUUACUUCUCACACCACAGAAAAUUAAAAGAUAUGCUGAGUCUUUAUGGAAGAAGAAAAGCUCUGGACAGCCUGUCACGUUUACUGAUAUCUUUGGGAUGUUAAUUGGAGAAACACUAAUUCACAAUAGAAUGAACACUACUUUGAGUAGUUUGAAGGAAAAAGUCAGUACUGCCCAGUGCCCUUUACCUCUUUUCACUUGUCUCCACGUCAAACCUGAUGUUUCAGAGCUGAUGUUUGCAGAUUGGGUUGAAUUUAGUCCCUAUGAGAUUGGCAUGGCCAAGUAUGGUACUUUCAUGGCUCCUGACUUAUUCGGAAGCAAAUUUUUUAUGGGAACAGUUGUGAAGAAAUAUGAGGAAAACCCCUUGCAUUUCUUAAUGGGUGUCUGGGGCAGUGCCUUUUCUAUAUUGUUCAACAGAGUCUUGGGAGUUUCUGGUUCACAAAAUAAAGGUUCCACAAUGGAGGAAGAAUUAGAAAAUAUUACAGCAAAGCAUAUUGUGAGUAAUGAUAGCUCAGAUAGCGAUGAUGAAUCACAAGAACGCAAAGGCACCGAGGAUGAAGAUGCUGAAAGGGAAUAUCAAAAUGACAAUCAGGCCAGCUGGGUCCAUCGUAUGUUAAUGGCCUUGGUGAGUGAUUCAGCUUUGUUCAAUACCAGAGAAGGACGUGCUGGGAAGGUGCACAACUUCAUGUUGGGCUUGAAUCUCAACACAUCCUAUCCACUGUCUCCUUUCAAAGACUUUACCACACAGGAGUCACUGGAUGAAGAUGAACUGGACGCAGCUGUAGCAGAUCCUGAUGAAUUUGAGCAAAUAUAUGAGCCUUUGGAUGUCAAAAGUAAAAAGAUUCAUGUAGUGGACAGUGGCCUCACAUUCAACCUACCAUACCCCUUGAUCCUGAGACCCCAAAGGGGAGUUGAUCUCAUCAUCUCCUUUGACUUUUCUGCAAGGCCGAGUGACUCUAGUCCUCCAUUCAAGGAACUUCUCCUUGCAGAAAAGUGGGCUAAAAUGAACAAGCUCCCUUUCCCAAAGAUUGAUCCUUACGUGUUUGAUCGAGAAGGGCUGAAGGAAUGCUAUGUGUUUAAGCCCAAGAAUCCUGAUGUGGAGAAAGAUUGCCCGACCAUCAUCCACUUCGUUCUCACCAACAUCAACUUCAGGAAGUACAAGGCUCCAGGUGUUCCAAGAGAGACUAAUGAAGAGAAAGAAAUAGCUGAUUUUGAUAUUUUUGAUGACCCUGAAUCACCAUUUUCUACCUUCAAUUUUCAAUAUUCAAAUGAAGCAUUCAAGAGGCUGCAUGAUCUGAUGCACUUCAAUACCCUGAACAACAUUGAUGUGAUAAAGAAGGCCAUAGUCGAAAGCAUCGAAUACAGAAGACAGAACCCGUCUCGUUGCUCUGUUUCUCUCAGUAAUGUUGAGGCAAGAAGAUUCUUCAACAAGGAGUUUCUAAGCAAACCCACAGCAUAGUUUGUGUAUUGGAAAGGCCAGUGACUUCUGAUCCUGAGGCAGUUUGAAAGUCUGUGAUAACUGGAUUUUAAAAGACAGUACAGAUAUUAGUACUGAUCCCAAGAGACUGGCUUAUUGCUCAAAGUUGCAGCUACUUAGCUGCAUGAAAAUAAUACCUUCAUAAGUUUGUGAAGUUGACAGAUGAUGCUAUGUAAAAAUAUACUCAGAUAUAUUUUGUCAGUAUAAAUUUCCUAAUGCAAGUAUAGGGACAUAUACUAUAUUUUUAGACAUUCCUCACCAACUAUUUUAUGUGUCCUCUUUUUUUAAAUGUGGUCUCUUUUUAGAUAUUUAAGAGUUCAAUCUCAAAAAGUAAGGCUUUUAGUUGUGUGUGAAUGUUAUUUACUGACUGGACAACACUAUUUUUUAUUUAUAUAUGAAUAUAUACCUAUAUGAAAUAAAUACAUCUGUAUGCAAAUUAGCAUGAGAUAACUGAUUUUUUAAAUUCUUUUUAAGGAGAUACUGGACUGUAGCUGUGAAAGAUUCUCAGAUUCAUGGCUU